AGUGUACUACACGGCCAAAUGAUCGCCAUUUUGAGAUCCGGCCAUUGUUUUGCUAAUACACCGGACUUCACUUGUCGGAUUUUUAAGCGUAGCAUUUUAUAUAAACUUCGCAGCAGGGUUGAGGAUGGUGCAGAACUACAAGCAGACAUCUGGAGUGUGUUCUCCAUCCAACACUGACGAGUUCCUCACACCAGCUCACGAGGAGAACGUCCGCUUCAUCCACUACACCUGGCAGUGUGUGAUGAGGGAGAUGCAAUCCUUCCAGGGAACUGAGAACAGCAAUAAAGGACCUCAGAAGUAUGUGGAGAGAACGCCAAACCCCAGCCUGAGCUCUUUCACGCCGGUGGAUCUGAACAACGUGAGACGGAGGAACGUACAGGACUCCAAAAAGUCGUAAAGCCAACGGCGUCUCGUGCGCGUCACCGCCAAGCUCCUUCUCUGCUUUUCUGUCGUUUAAAUGGACGUUAUUUCAAUCCAAAAGCGUGUGUGUGUGUGUGUGCGUGUGUGUGUGUUGAGCUUGUGCGCUCGGUAUUUACUCCGCUCUUACACGUUAUGUUCUGAGGUGAGUUUCAGAGCCACUGCGUUCUUCCUGCGCUUCAUUUACUGCCCGGUAAAUAUUGCUCCUGUCCUCAGAUCACAUCCGAUCCGGCUCUCAUUCGGACUCUUAACCUCCGCCGAGCUGUUCGGUGAUUAUAAGUGUAAGUGACUAUAAGUCUGUCAGCUGUCAAUCACUCCAUCCUUCUGUUUCUGAGGUCGAGGCAAUGUUUUACCGUCCAGUCUUUUAGCACUGAAAUGUUAUCCUGUAGAAUUAUUUCAUAACGGAAAUCUAUUUUUAAUGUGUUUAUACUUUCAUUUUGUUCAGUUAGUAACAUACUUCCUGUUUACUUUAACGGUUCUGACAGUAAAGUCAGUGGAUAUUUAUUCUGCACCUUCUUAAAACGACCCUCUGCCCUCUCCAGCUGUAAUCAGAUCGGAUUUACUGAUGUCACAGUUUCCCAAAAUAAAACCCUCUGUUAUAUUAUAUUCAUUA